AUGGGCGCCAAGAUUUCCUGCUCUUCCAUCCACCGAGGAACCCUCUCGCAGCAGCCACACCAUCCGGCGCCGGUCAGGGUCAUCGCCGCCGACGGCUCGCUGAAGGAGCUCCCAGCCAGCCCCCGAGUCGCCGUCUCCGACGUUCUUGCCGGCGAGGCCGCCUCCUUCUUCGUGUGCAACUCCGACGCGCUCUACUUCAACGAGCCCCCACCUGCGCUAGCCUCCGACGAGCUGCUCCGGCCGGGACAAAUAUACUUCCUGCUUCCGGCCGCGGAGCUGGGGCGGCCGCUCUCGAGCGCCGACAUGGCCGCGCUCGCCGCGCGGGCGAGCGCAGCCAUCGCGGCCAAGAGCCCCGAGCAGCGCGGCGGCAAGAAGAACCUGCGCGUCGUGCCGGUGCGCGAGGAGGUGGAAGACUGCGAGGACGUCAUGUUCAACGAGAAGCUUAACGAGCGGACGCUCGGGGAGUUCGCCGUGUCGCUGAGUCCGGCGAAGAAGAACAACGGGAAGCUCGCAGCGCGGUCGCGGCUGAGGCUGAAGCGAGCUCUGAGCAUCAUACAGGAGGCUGCUGACUGA